CGUUAGUAAUAGCGGCAGACGUCGCCGCGCUUUGCCCAACCGCAAUUGAAUCACUCCCACUCGACUAUAAUAUAUUUGUUGUCAUCAGUCCUCAUUCAGGCUCGCGAGUGUGCGCAUGCGCACGCGUCCGUUUCCAAUUAAAUUUACCGCGUUAUCACAAAUGUAUCUUAGUGUGUGAUAAGAUCAUUACAUCACUGAAUGAUAAGAAUCCUCAAGGACCGAUUCGUCUUACCUGUGAGCGUAUCAUUAAAAUUCGAUAUGAGUUGGCAGUAGCUAAAUCGGUGUGUAACAAUAGACAUUAUUAUAUUUAUUAUUGUGAACUGUGCGCCGCCGUUUGUUCUAUGUGGUGGAUAUUAACAUGGGAACGACGAAGAGGCUAAAGAUAACAGUGGUCGGUGACGGUAUGGUCGGAAAGACUUGCCUGCUCUACGUGUACACUAGAAAUGAAUUUCCCGAGGAGUAUGUGCCCACGGUGUUUGACAACUACGUGGGUCACAUCACCGUGGACAAUGUUGAGGUGGAGAUGGCGCUAUGGGACACAGCUGGUCAGGAAGAUUACGAGAGACUGAGGCCUUUGUCAUAUAGUAAUACAGACUGUUUCCUCGUGUGCUAUUCGGUGGGAAGCAGGUCUUCAUAUGAAAAUGUCAUUCACAAGUGGUAUCCUGAACUGAAGCACUUCAGUGCGUCUGUGCCCGUAGUUUUAGUAGCAACGAAAAUAGACUUGAGGGCAACAGGCAAAGCGGUUAUUACCACGCAAGAGGGGAAAAAAUUAAAGAGGAAAAUACGAGCUGCUCAACUUGUCGAAUGCUCCGCGCUAGAACGAGUCAACAUGCACGAGGUUUUCGAGGAAGGAGUCCGCGCUGCCCUGACCAAAAAACCAGUCCACAAACGCACCUGCCAAUAUCUUUGAUUAGUGCAUACGAAUUUCAUUCCAGCCGUAUAUAAAAUCGAUCUUGCAGUGUUAAUUUAUUAAACAAGCAUGUGGUGAAAAAUGUACAAUGAUAUUUUCUAUGAACCAAACUUCAUAGAAAGUUUGAACUAAACGAAUUGGACAAUGCAAUCCAUACAUUAUAUUUAAAAAAUACUGUUCAUUUCAAAUGUCUGUUGUAAGUAGUAUAAGGAUUGCACAAAUGUAAAUAAAUAGCUUAAACAUAUACGAUGUAUUGAUGGUUACACGACCACGAUUUAGAGAGGAGUAAUAAUUUUAGGUACUUUUUUUCUUCUGUUAAGUACUUAUGCUUUUCUAUGUAAAUUAUUUUCUUAUAAAUAGAUAAUAUAAAAUUACACAUUC